AUGAGUGAAUGUGGUGGUGAGUCGUGUGGUGAUGGUCAGGCGGUCAGCCCUAAUGAAACCGCUCUGCUGGCCCUGAUGGAGAAGACCGGUUACAGUAUGGUCCAGGAAAAUGGACAGAGGAAAUUUGGUGGUCCUCCACCAGGUUGGGAAGGCCCUGCUCCUCCCCGAGGCUGUGAGGUAUUUGUGGGGAAAAUUCCCAGAGAUGUGUAUGAGGACGAGCUGGUGCCCGUGUUCGAGCGCGCAGGCCACAUCUAUGAGUUCCGCUUGAUGAUGGAGUUCAGCGGGGAAAACCGUGGCUAUGCCUUUGUCAUGUACACCACCCGAGAAGCAGCGCAGCGAGCAAUUACUCUCCUCAACAAUUAUGAAAUCCGCCCAGGGAAGUUCAUCGGAGUAUGUGUGAGUCUGGACAACUGUCGCCUCUUCAUUGGCUCUAUCCCUAAAGACAAGAAAAAGGAGGAGAUCCAAGAAGAGAUGAUGAAGGUAACAGAUGGAGUGGUGGAUGUAAUCGUGUACCCCAGUGCCAUGGACAAAACUAAGAACCGUGGAUUUGCAUUUGUGGAGUAUGAGUCACACAAAGCUGCUGCCAUGGCUCGUAGGAAGCUCAUACCAGGAACGUUCCAUUUGUGGGGUCACACUAUUCAGGUGGACUGGGCUGAACCAGAGAAAGAUGUCGAUGAGGAGACGAUGCAGCAUGUUCGGGUUCUCUACGUCCGUAAUCUCAUGCUGCACACGACUGAGGAGAAGCUUCACUUAGAGUUCAGCCGUCUGAAGCCGGGUUGUGUGGAGCGUGUCAAGAAACUCACAGACUACGCCUUUAUUCACUUCAAGUGCCGUGAAGAUGCACUCGCCGCUCAGCAGUCCAUGAACGGAAAACUUAUUGACGGCUCUCCGAUUGAAGUCACUCUCGCAAAGCCGGCCAGCAAAGAUGUGGGUCGAAGAUUCAGAACCCGAUUUGGACAUAAUGGAACGGCACCAGCGCUCUACAGUGACCCCAACUUUUUCAUUCAGAGCAAAGACGACUCAGGAAUCAGCGUGUGCUCAGGAGUGAUGAGUGAUGAUUUUUCCACACAUGCUCUUAGUUUGUCUCCUCAUCUGAGCAGCCCGUAUUCCAUGGAGUUAGAACGGUGUGUGUAUCCAUUCCUGCCCGGCUCCAGUCUGGUACCGAUCAGUCUGCAGAGCCUGAAGCCAAGUCAGCUGAGCUCUGCUGUGUCUCUGCUGGACUAUUACUGCCACAAGAACGGCUGGUCUCUGCCCGAGUAUUACCUUUACACCGCUACUGCAGCCACCUACUCCACCGCAGGCCUUGAAGGAAAAACACUGCUGGUCUAUAAAGUGGUGAUCAGCAGCAUGCAGAGUAGCUACAUGCCUAAUAAAGUCUGCACCAUUCUCGAGGAUGCCAAGGAGCUCGCAGCUCACAACGCUCUCUGGAACCUUGAGCUCUCAUUGUAUGGCUCAGGUUCUCCGGGCAGUUUCUCUCCUCCAGCGGCAUCCUCGGGUACAGGUUUGUUAUCAUUUGCGUGUCGAGCAGUACCGUACCCAGCGUACUCUGUAGCUCCUGUCUCACCUCCGCUGUCCAUCUCCAAUACCAGGGGCUCACGGAUUUACAUUCCCAACCAGUCUCCCUUCUGA